ACAAAGAUGGAUUCAUUCUCCUUCCACCUCUCACAACACAACUCAAAGUUCCAACCACAAGGCACAAGCUCUCUCUCUCUCUCUCUCUCUCUCUCUCUCUCUCUCUCUCAGGGGGCCUCAAUAGUUGCAACCUUUAUUUUGUUUCGUUUUUCCCUCCCUCGGGAGUUCCAAGUCUUGUUUUGAGUGUUUCCUGCUCUGGGUCUCUCUCAAAUUCAGUGUUCUUCAUGUUAUAGUGGCUUUUGAAAGCUUUAAUGGCUGUGCUGCUGUUGCUUCUUCUUCACCUGCUUGCAAUCUCUGUAUCUGCUUCUCAAGAUGCUUUUAUCGGUGUCAACAUUGGUACAGAUGUCACUAACAUGCCAUGUCCAACUGAGGUUGUGGCCCUUCUUAAGGUCCAAAGCAUCCAACAUGUCAGACUCUAUGACGCUGACCGAAACAUGCUUCUCGCACUUGCCAAGACAGGAAUCAGUGUAAUUGUUUCUGUUCCCAAUGAUGAAAUCCUCGGCAUUGGCCAGUCCAACACCACGGCCGCCAAUUGGGUUGCUCGUAACGUUGUAGCUCAUGUCCCAGCCACUAACAUCACUGCCAUAGCGGUCGGAUCUGAAGUCUUAACAACACUGCCAAAUGCAGCCCCUGUCCUUGUCUCCGCUCUGAAAUUCAUCCAAUCCGCUCUUGUUGCAGCUAAUCUGGACGACCAAAUCAAGGUCUCCACCCCACACUCUUCUUCUGUCAUCCUCGACUCCUUCCCGCCUUCUCAGGCGUUUUUCAACCGCACUUGGAACCCCGUCAUGGUUCCCUUGCUUCAAUUUCUGCAGUCAACAGGUUCAUAUCUUAUGCUCAAUGUGUACCCUUAUUAUGAUUACAGGCUAUCAAAUGAUGUGAUUCCUCUGGAUUACGCUCUGUUCCGUCCCCUGCCUUCGAAUAAGGAAGCUGUUGAUACCAACACUCUCCUGCAUUAUACUAAUGUCUUUGAUGCAGUUGUUGAUGCUGCUUAUUUUGCAAUGUCAUAUUUAAAUUUCACCAAUAUCCCUAUUCUAGUCACUGAGUCAGGAUGGCCCUCCAAAGGUGACUCGUCCGAGCCAGACACAACUCCUGAUAAUGCGAACACUUACAAUAGUAACUUGAUCAGGCAUGUCCUUAACAACACGGGGACUCCAAAGAAACCGGGAGUUUCUGUUAGCACGUAUAUUUAUGAGCUUUAUAACGAAGACUUAAGAUCUGGUCCGGUCUCUGAGAACAACUGGGGGUUAUUUUAUGCUAAUGGAGCACCAGUAUAUACCUUGCACUUGAGUGGUGCUGGUACUAUAUUUGCAAACGACACGACGAACCAAACCUUUUGCGUUGCCAAGAAUAAUGCCGAUACUAAGAUGCUUCAGGCUGCGCUUGAUUGGGCUUGUGGACCUGGGAAGGUGGAUUGCUCGCCUUUGCUGCAGGGUCAACCGUGUUAUGAACCGGAUAAUGUUAUUUCACAUGCUACGUAUGCUUUCAAUGCGUAUUAUCAGCUGAUGGAUAAAUCUUCUGGUACUUGUGAUUUCAAAGGGGUUGCCUCUGUCACCACCACAAACCCAAGUCAUGGUUCCUGUACAUUUUCAGGAAGUGGUGGUAAAAAUGUUACCAGCAUUAAUGGCACAGAAGCAGAACUGGCCCCCUCUACCAAUUCUACAAAUUCAGGCUCUUUAUCACAAUGCUACAAUGGUGGAUCUUUCACAAGCUCUCUCAUUCUUGCUUUAAUUUUGAGUGCAUUUGUUAUGUAAAACUAGAUAGAUUACUUAUGCAGCAUUAGAAUCUAGUGUAUGGAGACACCCUCUUCAAGUUAAUUUUGGAAGAUUGCAGCAUGCCCUAUUUUGUGUUCCUCAAGUGGAGGAUAUGAAGGGCGGCGAGGUAGGUCAAAAUGUAUAUUGGCGAUUGUAACAUGAGUUGUUCAUUGAAUUUGUUGUACAAACGAACUAGAUGAAGUAUUUUACUCAUUGCUGUAGGUAGUUUUACCUUGUUAGGGCUCAUUUUUUUGGUUUCAAUAUAAUCAGAAAGUCCAUUCAAAUGCUUGGUAUGGUAUUCUGAUAAUUGCAUGCAUGGUUGUCAAUAAUACACUAUAGUGGGCACUAUGGGCAUGUUUAGUUUUCAA